UGUUCAUAACAAACGUCAGUCGUCAGUCAACCCUACUUCACAACCUUCUACUCGCCACCCAACACUCCUCCGCCGACAUGGUUGCCACUCGUGCAUCCAGACAAGUCCGCGCAUCCGAGCUCGGCCCCGGGGCGACGCACACCACCUCGCAAGCUACGUCAACAGCGCAUCCUCAACUUGAUAAUCCCUCUGCCUCCUCCACCUUCUCAUCGCCACCCUCUUCAUCUUCACGAUCAUCUCGCUCAUCUCGACGUUCUUUACACCGGAAGCAAACGCCUCUCGACGCGGACACCUCUUCCCCACACUCGCUUCCCCCACAUCCCCAUCUUGCUCAGCCACAACCCCACCCUCUGUCAAAGCCAGGCAAGCUCGACCUCGACGAUCCAGACUUCAACCUCAACCUCGACGCUCAGCUCAAGGAAGAGUUGAAUAAACACUACGCACCCAAGCAACAGCCGCCUCACCCUUCCUCGCCUGAUAUGGUCAGCGGAAGGCCCAUCGCUCCCUGCGAGGACGCCGUCUUCGCGACGCCGACCGGGACCGUCGUCGUCCGUCCAUACGUCUCCGCAGGCAAAGAGAUCAAGGCCUUGCUUCAGUUCACGCCCCGCUUCUCAUCUUUCAACCGCGAAAACACAAAAUCACAAUCCGACGAGUUUCGCGGCUUCUUCACCCUCUUCUGGAUCGGCCUUGCCCUCCUCUUCCUGCGCACGUGCAUCGAGUCAUGGGAGCUCAAUCGCACAAUCUUGUCUCCCAACUUUGCCCACCUCAUCACCGCUGAUGGUGUUGCGCUUGCGUUCGCCGACCUGAUCAUGGUCACUUCCAUGCUUCUCUGCGUACCGUUCGUCAAAUGCCUUCAGAAGGGCUACUUCAACUACUACUACACCGGUCUCAUCAUCCAGCACUUGUUCCAGACCACCUUCCUCGGCAUUGCCAUUGUGUGGGGAUAUGCGCGCAAUUGGUACUGGGUUCAGGCUGGCUUCCUCGUUCUGCACGCCUUGUCAAGCAUGAUGAAGAUGCACUCGUACAUGUCACACAACGGCAUGCUCGCGACUGUUCAUGCCCGUCUGCAGAAGGAGAAGCACACGUUGCACGAAUACCUCAACUCCCUGCCGGGUGGACAUGAAGGCGCGCUCGCCGAGGCUGCGGAGCACAAGGCUGAGCUUGAGGCGCGCGAGGCAUCAGCGCCACAAGUCAGCGAGCCUGCAACUCGGACACCCACUCCCCCCCAGAUCACUGUGACGGGCGAAGACGGCACGGUCGUCUCGGAGACUAUUGCGCGCCUCGGCCAGAACGGGGAGGUUGCGAAGAAGAACAACGAGGUGCGCCGCCGCCUGCGCUCGACCAAGCCUGCCACGGAUGCGCUCCCUGCUCCUCAGUCUGGCUUGCCGCGCGGCACAUCGCUCGAACCGGCCCACACGACUAGCCCGCAUGCUAAACGUGUCCCGACACUCCUCGCGUGGAGCUCGGACCCGAAGAUUGCUCUGCUCGCGCGCAAUAUUGACGAGAUGAGCGACGAGCUGUGCUCAAACGGUGAGCGCGGUCUCGUCUGGCCUCAGAACGUCACCUACAAGCACUUCAUCGAAUUCAUGUUCUUCCCUACCCUGGUAUACCAGCUCGAAUACCCGCGGACCAGCACAAUGCGCCCGCUGUUUGUCCUCGAGAAGGUGUUCGCGACCUUUGGCACUUUCAGCCUCAUUUACACCGUCACCGAGCAUUACAUUAUGCCGUACUCGCCCAAACCUGGAGACAAUCUUAUUCAGACUUUUGCCCAACUCGCCAUUCCCAUGAUCAUUAAUUUCCUUCUGAUCUUCUACAUCAUCUUCGAGUGCGUGUGCACAGGGUUCGCCGAAUUGUCGUACUUUGCGGACCGCGAAUUCUACCAAGACUGGUGGAACUCGACAUCCUGGGACGAGUUCUCGCGCAAGUGGAACAAGCCGGUGCACACUUUCCUUCUCCGGCACGUCUACGCCUCCAGCCGUCAUGGACUCCGCCUCGGCCGGUGGGGCGCCACAUUCUUCACCUUCCUCCUCUCUGCCCUGUGCCACGAGCUCGUCAUGGCCGUCGUCAGCAAGAAGAUCCGUCCCUACCUCUUCCUUAUGCAGAUGAUACAGCUGCCCAUGAUCAUGAUCUCCCGCCUGCCGGCCGUCAAGCGCAAUCGCACGCUCGGAAACAUCAUCUUUUGGGCCGGCCUCAUGCUUGGAUUCCCUCUAUUGGAAAUUUGCUAUCUACGCUUCUAGAAUCUGCUGCGCGAUGCUGUAGAAUGUCCUGUACUGCAUGCAUAUUUGCAUAGAUA